UUCGCACUCUCCCUUCUUGUUUUAGUGUUUUCAUGUUUCUAUUUCUCACAUGCUGAUUACUUUGUGUAUCCUUUUUUCUUAUUGGUUUUCCUUGUAGCCACCAUGAAAAAUCUCCAAAAUCUUAAGUAUGCAUCCUUUUCCAAAAAUGAGUUGUCUUUUUUCUGCUUUACGCUUAGAUCAAGAGUCAAGACUAACUUCGAUGAUUGAUCUUUUCCGAGUAAUGUUCUUGUACAGUUUUUAAGUGUCAUCCAACAGACUAAUUUCAUCUGUUGUUUUUGCAGUUGUUAUGCAUAUUGAAAUGGUCAAGUGGGAAAGUAAUAAAUUAUUGCCACAAUUUCAAAUACUAAUAAAUUCUAUGCACCUUUAGUGUACUAUUAUCUUUCCUCUAGCUCAUUCCCUGUUUCUAUCCUAUUGUCCAAAUCUCUGUUGUGGUGGAGCCUUCUAAUUUUGAUGAACGAAAUGGUUUUUAUCGUCCUUGAUGAUUCGGAAUCAAAUAUCACCAUUAGGUUCUAAUGGGAACAAUGAUAACAAACUUCUCUUCACCAUUUAAAGUUUGGAUAGGUAAAUGACUGGCAUUUCUGAGGUCAUGAUUUGAGCACUUCAUAAAUUCAAUUGUUUUCAACCAUACAACCACCUUUCUGAAGUAUAAACAUGUCGUCGUACUUCAAAAUAUCAUUUCAUUGUUGCUUUUUGUGGGUGCAAUUUUUGGAUUCCUAUUUAUUUUAUCGUUACUAAAAUUAGGUUCAGUUCAAGGAAUAAAAAUUCUGAAAACAAUAAGUUAAUUACAAUGAUUCUUCCGGUUUGGACAAAAAAAUGUGUAGUAGUUUGUUUUGAAUUGGAUUAGGUUUCACCAUCGGCUUAAAAAUGUUUGGCAAUAGGUUUUGUAGUCAUGACUAUCUAUAGUCUUUUUUAUUUUUUUAUCAGAGACUAUCUAUAGUCUGUCUUGGUCAGUUCUCCAAGUUGCAUAAGUUAAUGAAGUAGACAUAGAUGCUAAAGUGAGGGUGAGGAGUGUUCUUUUCGGCUGUGGUUUGGGUUCAUUUUCAAGUCUCUCAAACCAUAAGCCAUUAGUCUUCAUGGUUCUAACAUCUAACUGGUUUUGCACUCCAUUUUAUUCGAGUAGUGAAGUAUGUUACCCAGGAAAAAACUGCUUUAACCCCUAAGAGUGGUUUAAAGUUGGUUAGAGGUUGAAGGAAAGCGGGAUGAAAAAACUGUAUGAUGAUUUUGUUGUUUGGAGUAGUAGCUACCAGCCUUCAAGGCAGCGUGCUUCUGGUUUUGUCUCUCAACCUUGACGUGAGGAGCUCAAGCACUUACCUUUAUCCGCAUAGUAAGAUGAUGUUGAACUGAAGCUUCACUGGCGAAUUUGUAUUGGCAGCAGCUUUAUUCGAAAGCAUGCCAAUCUUUUAUGUUUCGGUGUACUUCGGGAACCAUAUGUAACUCAUCCUAUUCAAACCAAGCAGGGAAGUUACGCUUUGAAUGGUAGUUGGUGGCACAUAAAGUUCAAAAUAAUUGCUGGCAUCGGUUCCUUGGGUUCAUGCAAGUAUAUGAAUCAUGACUUUGGUUCGAUAUCAGUUACCCACGGUGGUGAUUGUUUUCAACAACAGUGGUGUCUACGGCGGCGAUAGGAGAAGCCUUGAAGAAAUUAUAGGUCUUUUUAAGGAUGAGCUAGCACUUACUUCAUUUAUCCCUGGUGCAGCUUAUCAUCUCCUAAUUGAUACUUUCCAGGACAAAGGUUAUCUUGUUGGGACACCCGAUGAACUUAAAUCUUUUGCGGCCCAGAAGCCAGGUGUGAUAAACUUCACGGUAGAUCCAUAUGCUGGUUCUGAAAGUGGGAGACUUGAGCACAAGAACUGAGGUAGACUGUAGGCUCGAGCUGUUACUUUGAUAGUUUGAUUUGCGGACAGAAUACGACAAUGUUCAAUAACGUGAAAUUCUCAGAUCUUGUUGUAGAGUUUUUCUUUUUUGAAUUAUUUGUUUCUAAGAGAUGUUGAAGCACUCGAAUAAAUCUUUGACCGAAGGGAGUCCUGUGUUAUGUAUGUUGUGUGCGCAAGUGAGAGCGGGACUAGGCCAUGAUAAUUGUACCAUAUAGAGCUACAGAGUUGCCGGAUUCUACAUUCA